CAUAGACAAAAGGGCUGCCAUAAAAUUGGCUUAACUUCAAAUAAAUACGUGAAAGAUAAUCUAUGAAAUACUUUACUAUAUAUAUAUGAUGCUCAUUAUAGCUGAUCAUUACAGAUUAACUCCACAAAUAUCAAUCAGUAUAAUGUACACAUCAAUCUUACUUGCUAUGGUCGUUAUGCACUUAACAUUAUUUCUCUGUUACGGGAAAAUAUUCCAUGCAAGAAAGGAGAAGAGAACACCUACCAACUGGCCAGUUUUAGGCAUGCUGCCAGGGGCGCUUGCGAACAUUGGUAGGCCCCACGAGUAUAUAACCGAGGUUCUACAGCAGAAUGGCGGCACGUUUUAUCAUAAAGGACCUUGGUUCACUAACUUGAACAUUAUGUUCACUUGUGAUCCAGUUAAUGUCCAUUACAUACAGGCAAAGAACUUUUCCAACUUCCAGAAAGGUCCGGAAUUCAAGAAGAUGUUCGAUAUCAUGGGUGAAGGGAUAUUAACUGCAGAAUCAGAAUCAUGGGAGAAUCAGAGGAGAAGUGCAAAGUCGCUGAUAAAUAACACGAGUUUCUUAGAGUUUGUCGCAACAACUACCUCGAAUAAGAUGGAAACAGCACUAAUCCCCAUCCUGGAGGUUGCUUCGGAAACGGGAUUGGAAGUCGAUAUGCAAGAACUGUUCGAGCGUUUGACCUUUGACUCUUCUUGCAUCCUUGUUUUAGGACACGAUCCGGUUUCUUUGUGUAAGGAGUUGCCUUAUCUACCACAUGAGAAAGCCUUUGUAGAUGCUGAGGAAGCGAUCUUUUACAGGCACGUGCUCCCCGAAUUUACGUGGAAGCUGCAGAGUUGGCUUCGUAUCGGCAAAGAGAAUAAGAUGAGCAAAGCUAAGGAGAUCAUUCCUCGGUUUUUAUCUUAUUGUAUCUCGGCCAAGCAUCAAAAACAUGGAAAUAAUGAUAUUAAUGGUUUGAACAUGUUAACAAGCUACAACAAUAGAGCGCUUGCAGAAAAGGGUGCUCUAAAUGAACCUAAUAAUAUCAAUAUUUCCGACGAUGAAAAGGUCUGGAAAGAUACAUUGUUGAAUUUAAUGUUCGCAGGUAAAGGUACGAUAAGCGCAGCUCUUACUUGGUUAUUUUGGCUCCUGGCGACGAACCCUGAAGAAGAAGAAAAGAUUAGACAAGAGAUGCUAACAAAUUUACAUGUUGAUAAAUCAUCGUCAAAAUGGAAAUUCGAAGACCUAAAGAAACUGAACUACCUUCACGGGGCUGUGUGCGAAACACUACGACUGUACCCAACAAUAGCAUUUCAAUUCAAAUCUACAGUCGAGCACGAUAUUCUCCCAAGUGGUCAUGCGAUAAACGCGAAUACAAAGACGGUGCUAUCACUCUACUCAAUGGGGAGGAUGGAAUCUAUUUGGGGCAAAGAUUGCCUCAAUUUUAAGCCGGGGAGAUGGAUUAAUCCUGAAACGGGACGCAUCAAAACUGAGCCCUCUUUCAAGUUUAGUGCUUUUAAUUCAGGGCCUAGGAGCUGUUUGGGAAAGGAGAUAACUUUCAUACAGAUGAAAAUUGUUGCAGCUGCUAUCAUGAGCCGAUUCCAUUUUCGGGUGGCUCAAGGUCAUUUGAUAUCGCCGAGUGCUUCAGUCGUGCUUCACAUGAAACAUGGACUCAAGGUUAAGGUUUCGGAUUAUGCUUGAUUCAGAUGAGACUGCUAAUUUACAAAUUUAAACCCUAGUUUUACUAGCUUUUAUCAUGUAAAUAAACUUGUAAUAAAACUUUUCAAGUACGAAAAGCAAUUAAUGCAUAAGCAUUUCCUAAUUAUCAGCCAAUACUAUGAUAAAAAUUAAAACACUCUUCUUCU